AUGGGCGAGGUGAACGAGGCACACUUUUCCAUCUCACACAGCGGCGGCCAGACGAUCCAGAUCUUCCACAAGCAGGGCACAUUGCAUCCGGGACCUCGCACGGACUUCGGCCUCUGGAAUCGGAAGGUCGGAGACGCCCUCGGUGUGAGCUUCGGUGAUCGGUUUGUGCAGAUCGGCAACUUCCGAGUAGGCGAUGUGGACGGAACGCACUUCUCUGUCACCCAUGUGGGUGGCCAGACCUCGCAGAUUUUUCGAGAGGAUGGAACGGUGCAUCCAGGGCCCCGGUCGGACUACACAACGUUUGGCCGACCGCUGAGCGAGUGUCAAUUGUAUUGA